GGCGAUUAUUACAUGUUCGCUAUUGAUCAUACAUAAUCGUUAAUACUGAUUUACACAAGCUAUAUUAAAUACCAGCAUACCAUCUUGUUUAAAGGUAAGUACAACAAUAGUUCGUGAUAUAUUAUAGGGGCAUAAGCAGUGAAAAUACCCAGGGAGGCAUAUCCAUUAUAUCCAAUCGACACCAUGCUGGGAAUAUUCUCCAAUAAACCACUGAUAAAGGUAAACAAAGAUGAAGUUGAGAUACGCCUGUUUGACCCAAAGAAGGACAACUGGAAAGAAGUGAGAAAUAUGGCCUUUACUCCAUUCACAGAGACAACGCCGAAAAUAUUGAAAGACUUGUUAUUUCAUCCCAUACUCAGCAGUGUAAUAGCAAUAUUAGCUGGGGUAUUAUACCAAAUGAAAGGCUCCUUAUGGAACCCAUUCAUAUUUGUAGUGGGAAUCUACCCUACAUUGUAUUUUUUCUUAUUGUGGAGGAUUCCCGAAUCAGAGAUGUCUAAACAGGUGGAUUAUAACAAGUUUGUAGAAUAUUGGACAGAUUUUACUCAUCCUUUAUGGCUGCUUUUCCACAAGGGGGGACUAAUUGGCAGUGUUGGACUUAAAGAACUUGAUGUGGACACUAGAGGAGAACUCGUUCGUUUGGCAAUAGCAACUGACUACAGGCGUAAUGGACUAGCAAAAAUGUUGGUUAAUACUGUAAUAGAGUAUUGUGAAAAGUACAAAUAUAACGAUUUGAUACUUGCGACCAGUGCAUAUCAAACAGAGGCGAUGAAACUUUAUGAGAAAAGUGGAUUUACACUGUAUGAAAAGACAAAGGUAUAUUUCAUCAAACCCAUAUUUGGAGUGGAUGUCAAUUGUUACAGAAUUAAGUUUCCAAGGAAAUAAUACCAUUUUUAUUUCACUUCUUAAAAGAGAACUUCUCUACGCAGUUUCAGUUUGAAGGAGUUCUCAAUAAGAGUCUUUUGGUCUAGUCUACUCAGAAUAGGUUGAUUUAAACCAGGCACUAACAGAAAAUUAUGCCCUAAAACCAGCUGCCAUUUAAUCAUUCUGAAAUAGCCCGGAAGCCUCAUUUUGAGUCAUAAUUAUUAAGCUUUUAUCAGCAUGAAAACAGUGUAGUUUAGCUUAUCUGUCCUUUUCAGAAGACCAGAAGACAGUAAUUACUACUUACUUCUAAGCUUCAGGGUAUCCUUACAUAUAGUUUAUAGAAAGGAUAAGAAUU